GGGUUGGAUAUGUGAGUGUCCAGGAAGUGCUUUCUUUAAGUGAUGCCGGCAGUUGCACAGAGGCGAGCGUGCGUUACUUAAACGUGUCUGUGCGUCUUCGUUGUUCUAUUAACAAUGUCUGCUAUUUUAAUCAAUGCUCUUUUAUUGAACUGCCCCGAUCACGAGAAUGUUCUGAACACGUUAUGUUUGACAACCGACACGUGGCCGGAGACAGAGAAGGUAGAAGCUUUAGCCACGUUAAUAGCCAGAAUUGGUAAGCUCCCAGAGUAUGGCAUGAAUUCCAACGGGAGCGAAUUAGAGGUUAGUACCGCCACAAAUGCGAAAAGGGAACGCUUUCUUAGCAAAGUGGGGGUUGUGAUAUGGAAUCAGUGUUUACCUCUUUUAUUCAGAAUCUCCAGCGAAAAUGAGUCUCUCUGUAACCAAAGCAGCCAGACCAAAGAGAUGCUUAGUGCCUUGUGCGAGUUGCUGGGUGUCUGUGUUGGACUGUGCGACAGAGAGGUCUUGGACAGAUUGAUCAGCAUUAUUUUGCCGGUGCUGAAUCUCACGGAGGGGGAGACCGUGGAAGGCAAGGAACGUUUGGACGCAGAGGUUGCCAUCGAAGCGCUGGCAGUUGUUGUACCUGCUCUUCCAUUGGACAAGCAGUUGAUAGCGAGAAUCCUCUCCUCCGCUCUCACCUGCAUUAGGGUGCGUUCGGAUGCGCUGGUUUCGAAAACGGUGGUCCGGGUUUUAUUUACUGUCCUCAACAACUGCGGGGACUGCGAGAGGAGAUCAGAUGCGCUCCGGCACAUCUGGGAGAACUUGCGCUGCUGGCACGAGAGUGAAGGCACGCCGACAGUGACAGCUCGGGUUCUGCUGUGUCUGACAGCUCUGUCGGACCACCUGUACACACCAGGUAAACCCUUCUGCCUUCCUACGGGUGGAGUAGAUCUACGCCAUUCAUCGCAAUUCUGGAGAAUCAUUCAAGAAGGACUGACGCACAGAGACAACCUGUCACGGAAACGAGCUCUGUUCCUGCUCAAGAGAUGUGUCGCGAUGUCAGAGGAGGAGAAGCCUGGGCUUUUUGCAUCGCCGGAAACUGGAAAUGUGUUUAGGUGGGUGCCAGAGAGGAGCCAGCUACUUCGGGAAUUCUGGGAAGACUAUGCUUUGAUUAUGGAGACCCUAGAUGAAAACCAAAUCCAUGUGGUCCGUCCUGUGCUUAAAAGGAUUAAUGCACUGAUUGAAGCUACUGUGAGCAGCAGUGAAGACAGUGCCCUGCUCCACCCGUCUUGGCUGCAGUGUGUGUACCAGCGCAUGUUCCACAGUGAGAAUAAGACGGUGAUGAGGGAGGGGGUGUGCCACCUGCUGGAGCUGCAGGUGCUCCGCUGCCCGGCCUUUGCCCUGGCUUUCUCCCAGUUCAUCAUGGGUCCCUUCUUGGAAGUCCUGGCAGAGAGCUCCCUAUUCCACAGGUCAGCUGGGCAGGGCAUAGGGGAGUGUCCGGAGAUGGGAACCAAGCUGAAAGACUUCACGGUGACCUUCUUCACCGGCCUGCCGCAGGAGAACAGAGGCACCGUGCUGCUGCAGUUGCUCCAGCGGAUGGGGUCCCGUCACUGGGGCGCCGUCCCCAUCCUCUUCCUCUCCCAGGCGUUGUCCUGCCUCCCUCCCUGCCCUGUGCUCGGCCCACAGGGACUGCUCGCCUUCAGGGAGGUGCUGCGCUCCACCAUGAUCACUCACCAGGUUCUGCUGAGAGGAGCAGCCCAGUGCUUCCUGCUGCAGAGUGCCAUCUGUCUGACAGAUGUGUCCACAGUUACUCUGGCUGAUGUCUUUGGGUUCCUGGUGCAUUUUCCUGCUGAGGAGUCACUAUGUCGGGGGACUGUGCUCUGGAAUCAGCUGUGUGACUGGCUCCUGGUCAAUGAGGGAAGCUUUAAGCCUGCUGUCAGAGACAGGGACUCACACCUGCAGCCGGGGGCCAAUGACACCAGCCCAGCCCUGGAGUUUGUUCACUGCCAGCUAGAGGCCUUCCUCAGAGUCCCAGCCAGCACUGCCAUUCCAGACAGUAUACCAGAUCCUGGGGAGGCGGAGCUGUUGGCCCGGGCAAUCCUGCUAUCAGUGGACAUGGAAGGGCGAAGACUUGGAGGGAAGCUGGCGGGAGUGUUAGAAACGCUACUGCUCCCUCUGCUGGAUACCCUGAGCAGACUCAGCACCAACGUCUACCUGCCCCUGCGCAAGACGGACAAGAGCCUGCAGCUGCUGCUCCGGCUGCUCCAGCUGCGCCACAGACGAGCCAGUCAGAGCACACAGACACACACAGGGGAUGGGGUCGCUGCUGCUCUGGAAACAUCUGUGCUAGGCGUGGCUGAGCCGAUCCAGGGGUUCCUCUUGCGGAGAUUAAGUGGGGAGCUGUGCGAGCUGUGUGAUGUGGACCGGGCCGGUCUGUAUCUGUCGGUACUGAGAGAGCUGGUGCAGCUGUACAGUGUUGUGGGGUGGCACCGCACAAGCCGACUCGGAGGCUUUGUCCCGGCGCUGACCCAGAACUGCCUGAGAGUCCUGCAGAAACCAGCGGAGAAGAAUCCCUCUGUGUGCGGCCAGGUGGCCAGAGUGGUGAGUAUGGCAUCGCUGGCCCUGCUUUGUGAGGUGGGAGAGAGGCAUGGGAGGGACCUUCACCCUGCCGCCGCGCAGGCCCUCUCCUCUGUGGGAACGCUGCUCUUCCCCUCCCCAUCGUCAUCAUCAUCGUCCUCACCAGCCCAACUCAACCAGACACUGCACAAGCCUGCAGUUACCACCGGCCACCUGGAGGGGGGUGUGGAGGAGGGGCCUGACCUGCGCGGAUGGGGUCGAGUGGCCGCCCAGUUCGUGCGGGACCAGUGGACCUGCGUGCGGUUUGUCCUGGGCUCUCACGUCCCCUCCGGGCCCUCGGAGGCCCCCCCAGCCAUUGCCACUCUGAGGGCUGCGAUGGAGGCCCUAGCCAUCCUGCCCAGCGACCUGGUUCUGCCCGUCCUGGACUGUAUGACAUCACUGCUCCCCCAGGUGGUGCUGUCUGAAGAGGCUUUGAGUGCGGAGGCAUUGACCCUGGCCUGGAAGGUGGUUCUGGGCCUGAACAGUAACCCCCAUGACUUCUGGCCGGCUCUGGAGGGCUUUGUGCGUUUCGCGUUCGACCGCGCCGUGCUUGAGCUCACGGACACAGAGACGCCACGGCUCUCUGCCACCGUGCGGCAGGUCACCUCCGAGCUGCUGGAGCUGUCUCAGGUCAAGACGGGCGUGUUCCACGUGUUGAUCCGACACUGCUGCCACACCUGGCUGCCCUCUGACCCCGGAAGUGAAAGCCAGGCAGACAUCCGGUUCUUAGGCGCUCUUAAACAUGUGGACAUCCUGGCUGAAGCUUGUGUCUAUGGCCCAGUAUUCCGGAGGGACCAGAGGUUGAUCCAGGAAGUGCACAUGUACGUGGAGCAGCUGGGAGAGGAGUGUGCUGCUAACGCAGCUGUCACCAGCGACGGGCGAGACGAGCAGUUCCCUCGCCUCUGCGCUGUGGCAUUCCUCAGUCGGCUGGAGGUGUCCCGUCCUCUCCAUGAAAGAUUGAUGGAGGAGCUGGUGCUGCUACUGCUGAGAAAGGAUGAGGAGAUCUCGAAGUCGAAAGUGCGUUACUAUGGCAACUCUCUUCAGCAUCGAGUGAAGAACAGGGUGUGGCAGACGCUGCUGGUACUGCUGCCCAAACUGAGAGAGGAGUUUGUAGAGACCGUGCUGGACCGUGUAUACAAGGCUGGGUUCAGCAGUAACCAGGCCUCAGUGAAGUACCUGAUCGAAUGGGUGAUAGUGCUCAUCCUGCACAGGCACCCAGCUCGCGUGGACAGUCUGUGGGCCUGUUUCAGCAUGGAUCAAGAGAAGACCAAGACUAGCAUCUGCACCUUCCUGUCUGUGCUUGUGCACUUAAACAUCAUUCUGCCCAAUGUUAAGGACAAGGCUGGGCAGUGGCAGAAGGCUCUGAAUGUGGUCCUGCAGUGGUGCUUCAGCCAUAACUUCAGUGUGCGACUCUACGCCCUGCUCGCCCUCAAACGGGUAUGGUGCCUGGAGGGUGCGAGAGCCCUGGCUGAAGAGAAGGCGGGGGGCCCCGAUGGGCUGGGGGGCCUGGCCGCCGUCAUUCAGGCCUGCCUGCAGCAGGCGGAGGCCAUGCAGAGCACGGGGAACGCAAUGAAGAACUGGACCAGGAUCCAGGAGCAUUUCUUCUUUGGGGCCUUUCAUCCACUGGAGGACUACAGCAUAGAGACGAUAUUCCACACCUUCCCCAGCCUGUCAGAGCUGGCUGAUGAUGAAUGGAUCCCACCCUGGAAGUUUGAGCGGCUGGUGGAAUUUCCUCUGAGUUCUGCACUGCCGUUGCAGAAUCCAGGAAAGGACCUGAGCCAGCUGCAGCCUGGGGACUGGAUCCAGCAGGACAAAGGUGAGGAGGAGCAGGCGGAGCGCUGGGCUGAGGUGCAGAAGAAGAUGACCCCCUGGAGGCUGGGUAUCCACGAGCAGGACCCGGAGCUGCAGCUGGUGCCCCAGCAGAGGGCAGCACGGCUGGGCAAGACCCACAGCGCCCUUCUGGUGGUGGCCUCCCUCAUUGACAAGCCGACCAACCUGGGAGGGUUAUGCAGGACGUGUGAAAUCUUUGGAGCCAGUGCUCUGGUGUUGGAUAGCCUUCGUCACGUCAGCGAUAAGCACUUCCAGGCCUUAAGUGUGUCAGCUGAGCUGUGGCUCCCCCUGCUGGAGGUGAAACCCAGUGAGCUGACAGACUUUCUGCAGCUGAAAAAGCAGGAGGGCUACUGCAUCGUAGGAGUGGAGCAAACGGCCAACAGCCAGAGCCUUCAGGGCUACCGCUUCCCUGAGAAAAGCCUGCUUCUGCUGGGUAACGAGCGCGAGGGCAUCCCGGCGAACCUGCUGCAGCUCCUGGACGUCUGUGUGGAGAUCCCCCAGCUGGGCGUCACGCGAUCCCUCAACGUGCACGUGAGCGCCGCCCUGCUGGUGUGGGAGUACACGCGUCAGCACCUGAUCCCGUGCCCUCCAGCGCCUUGAGCUCUGACCCUUGACCCUCUGGACUCUUCCCCAUGAGCCGUGUCCGCGUACUGCAACCUCUCUCACAGGGUUUGCUGUUUUUGCCAAAGGCACACCAGGUCUGAGCCUGGGCCUCCAAAGUGCUCUACCUCUGGUCAAACAGUGUUUACUAUGUAAAGGAAUCCACUGUUUAUAUAUGAAAUGAAUUUAAGUGAUUUCUUUUUACAGUCCAUGUUUUCAUAUUGACUGACAUGCCCUUUAUUGUGGGGUUGAGUUGUAGAAGCCGGGCUUGUGUCCUGAUUGGAGCAGAUUUGAUCUCCCUUGUGGUUGCUAGUACAGUCUACAGUCUCCCCUCCCCUCUCUUCCCCUCCCUCUGCUCUCCUGCAGAAGGAAGUGGAGUAAUGAAUACAAAAUGGUGGGAGAUGUGCGGGAAUAUUGCAUUAUAAUAUUCCAAUCUGUGUGCUGUUUGAUUGGGUCAGGCGCAGCAGUGUAUGAGCACUCUCCGGGGGAGUGGCGUCAGAUGGUGCUUGUUCACUGCCCCAGGUGAGGGAGUCAUUUCUGCAACAUCUGAUCUCCAGUCAAUGACUCAUCCUCCAUC